AUGGAAACCACGCCGAUGGCUCUCAAACCACCCACCACUCGACUGCUCCCCGGCCACACCGGGCCUGUCUUCACCCUCGGCUGGUCGGUCGACGGAGGGAAACUGGCGAGCGGAUCGAAGGACGAGGGGAUACGAAUAUGGAACCCAGAGCAAGCUGACUACGGCAAGGCAUCCGCCGAAUUAAAGGGCCAUUCCAGCCUUCCCCCAUUGACCGAUGUACUACCGGCUCGGCAUUCGCCGGAUGCGCCGAUCGUUGCAAUCGGCGACUCAAAAGAUGUGUGCCCUGAGAGCAAUUGUCUUGAACGACCUGAGGAUGAGCGAGCACGACCUGCGCAUGAUCCUGAACGGCUAUCCUGCCAGCCUGCGCACGCUCCAGCUCUGCAAUCCGGCCAAUUCGCUUCAACGGCCUGGCCUAUACCGAAUCCUCACGGAAUGCAUCAGCCCGGCCUUGGAAUCCUUGACGCUCGAGGUGGGCGAUCGAUGGGGAGAGUGGGUUUACCCCAACUCGGCUGGGACCGUUGUGAGAUCUCCUUCGAAAUCAAUCGUUCAGCUCGGCUGGGACCGUUGUGA